AUGAGUACUAGAAUUCAGGCCCUUGGUGGGCCACCUUGCACUGCGGCGGCGGCCAUCACGGAGCUGUGCCGAAGUACACCAGGCUAUGACUGUCAGCCCGUGAAGUCCACCGUGUACAUCGAAGGUCGUGUGAGUCUCCCCAGCGACGCCGCGAAGUGCGACGCUUCCGAGCUGCUGGACGGUCACCCCCGCGAGUUGUGGCAUGAUUGGCGUCAGCGACUGCUACGCGAUCCCGAACAGGUUCGCGACCGAGUCGUUCCGUACUUCGAUGGGAAGCUGCGGCGGUCUCCACGCCACUAUGCUUGCUUCUUGAGCGAAAUGUACAAGGCGGGUGUGAUUCGUUUUUCUGCCCCACGCCCUUCCACGGUGGGCUUGUUCUUUGUUGAGAAGUCGGGGAACCAGCUGAGGGUGAUCCUCGACGCGAGAGCUGUCAAUCAGGAGUUCAUCGAUCCUGACACGACCGCGCUGCCAUCGGCUGGCGUCUGGCAGGGCCUGAAGAUCCAAGCCAGCCACAACCUCUCGCUGAGCCAAGUGGACAUCGAGGCGGCCUUCUAUCGCAUCGGAGCGCCGCCAGGGCUGGACGAGAUGUUCGUGCUGCCUGCGGUGCCCGUGGACGCGUUGCUGGAGGCGCUGCCCGAGGUGGACAUCGGGUCUCGGCUGGAGGGCAAGGUCUCGCCUUUGCCCACUGUCUUUCCCACGGGCUGGAGUUGGAGCUUGUACUUCUGCCAAGCGCUGGUGGUAUCUCAGGUCGUUGCGGCUGGCAUCCGCGCGAACCGCAUCAUACAGGACAGGUGUGUAGUGCCCGACGUGAGCGAGACUGCGGGCGUCGCCGUGUGCGUCGACGGCGUGGCCGCCAUCGGGUGCGCCCCUGUGUCCGUGAGCACGACGAUUGAGCAGGUCCACCAGCACCUGGAGGCCAGCCAUCUGAAGUGCAAGGGGGUGCAGUCGGACCCGCGGGAUCAGAAUUUCACGGGCUUGAACUUCGAUUUCGAGACAGGCCGCACACCCGUGAGCAAGGGCCGCAUCUGGAGGCUGCGCUUGGCGUUGCUGGAGGUCGCCGAGCGCGGCUACUGCAGCGGCGACGACAUGCUCUCGCUCCUCGGCCACUGCACGUGGGUGGCCACUGAAUGCCGCGUGGCAGCAGCUCUCAUCGCCUUCGCUUACCUGGGCACCAAGCUGGAGGUGGACCCCGUGGUGCUAGCUACGGACGCCUCCACGGGUUCAGGAGACCUGGAGGGCACGGGGUUCGGAGGCUACGCCGUGACGGAGAAGACCUGGACUCGGCACGACGUCUGGGCCGCAGCCUCUUGUAUGGAGCGUUGGCGGUACAAGUUCGAGGGUGCCAUAGAGGCUCGGCGACAUGCUCUCCAGGCUGCGCGUGAACUCGAACGAGGUGACGAGGCCAGGGGGCUGACUGGCGUGACAGGCCUUGUCGAGGACCCUGAGACGUCUGACACGGUCCUGCCCCUCAAGAGCGAGGGG